UGCCAUUUCAGGAGCGCUAGACCGACAUGGAAGCCCCACAGAGGCCGCCGCCCCAGGAGGGCAGUGAAAAGAACGAAUUAACUGGACAGAUGGGAUCAAGCUCGAACCAAGCCCUUACCGUGUCUAAGCAGACGGGACUAGACUCGACCAAGACCCUUACCCUGCUUGGGCAGGCUCCAAGAUGGAUGUACCAUAAAGGAGGCAAUGCGAUCGACGCAGCAGUGGCGACGCUGCUCUGUCACACACUUGCGCUACCCAUCUCAAGUGGCAUCGGCGGAGGCUUCGUGGCUACUAUCUACUGGGCGUGGACUGGCAGUGGCGGUCCCUGGAGAACUCCGCGGUUACGAGGCUCUCCUGAAGAAAUUCAGCAACAAGGAGUUCAAGGAACAUUUUAAUUAUUCUAUAAAGCUCGCCAAGGAAGGCAUCGGCGUUACGCAUUAUUUAUCCAAGGCCAUACAAUAUCAGUACAAGCACAUCAAUGGCACUCCAGCUUUAAAGGACAUCUACUUCAAAAUGGGCAGCAAUGAUCCCCUGAUUGAAGGCGACGUUCUGAAAAAUCCGGACCUUGCAAGUACUUACCAACAACUAAUAGACAAUGGUGUUGACUACUUUUACAAAGGAGCUUUGGCAGAGAAGAUCGUAGAAGCGGUCAACAAAU